AGUUGUAGUAGUAGGGAGAGUGAAGAACAGUUAGUUUGUAUGUGUGUGUGACGUCAGAGCGAGUACCUUGUCACAUUUUGUCCCAAUGUAUAUUUUUUCAUUAGAGAUAUGACAGAGCCGAGAAAGAACAGUAGUGAUACUGUCGAAGAUGUUUGCUUGCUCGACUCUACAGAAUUCAACCAAGAAGACUCUGCUCUCCUACAAGAUGACAAGGUGUUUGAGGACACGGGCAGUGAAUUACCACUGCUUCUCCCGUCUGAAACAACAAAUGCAGAAGAUGAGCAAAACACUACCACAGAUACAUACGUGAAAUUUAGCUUAGCAGAAGAUGCUGAGCAAGAAGAUGGAAUUGGAGGAGAAGGAGGAGGAGGAGGAGGCCAAGGAGAAAAUGACUUGACAGCGAAUUGCAACUUUGCUCCCACCACAAGAUGCAAUUCACAGUAUGCCACAGUUGACUCGACUGAUAGCGUUCGGUUUGCAGAACACACAACAGUAAUCACAGUUCCACGCUUGAAAUCACGACCAAAGAAAAGUACUCCAAGUAAAGAAAACUCCAAACUGCUUAAAUACAGUGUGGCCACACUCUUCAUAUUGAUUCUUGCUGGUUUCAUAUCUGUGAGAGUUCUUCAUGCAAGACAAACCAAUGCUAUUUUGGUUGGCCGACUUAUCCAUUUCUCUGAAGCUGAACGGAAAGUACAACUGUUGAAUAAAUUUAAAGGAAUAACUCUAACUGGAUGGUUAGGAAUCAACCUCACAUCUAGCUUUCAUUUUUGUCAACCAAAGAUUAAAGAACAAAGCAUUCAAGAAUUGUGCUAUCAAAGUCAGCGCUCUACCAAGCUACAAAUACUACAUGAAGAAAAAGGCAGUCUGUAUUGCUAUUCUAUAAAUUGGGAAAUUUCACAGGUAGAAGAGUUCCUUGAUUGUUACCAGAUAAAAUCUUCUAAUUGGUAUGGAAUGAACAUUGGUUCAAGGCAAUCAUGGCCACUGAAGAAUUUUUCUACUGGUCCUAUUCCAUUUUCAACAGAAUCAUCAGAUAUGUUGGGUUCUGUAUUAGAACCACUUUGGAUUAGUUCUGAUGGUGUUGGAAUCUUUGUAAAUGACUCACAUCCUUUUAAAAUUAGCUGGAAUUCUUCUGAUGAUGGAUUAUUUUGUCUUCUGCCAGACCUAAGACAACCAUAUCCCAACCAACAACUCCACUAUUAUUUGUGUCAAGGUAGUGAUAUCAGAGAUACUUAUGUCAACAUGAAAAAGACAUUUUUACCUGUGAGCCAAGAUGAACUGGCAAAGAACAAUAAACUUUUAAAAACAAUGAUCUGGUCUUUUGAAGAAAAUUCCAGGAAUAUUUCUAUACAAAGUGCCAUCCUUAAUUUCAUUAAUAGUAAAUUCGCUCACACUUAUAACGAUACUUACAUCGAAUUGAAUAACAAUUGGCAACAAAGUCAGGGAGAUUUCACUUUUGAUCCCAAACAAUUCCGAAAUAUCUCUGAAUUCCUUCGUCAAGUUGAUUGUCAUAAUAUUGGUAUUAUAUAUCCAAUAAGUCCUUAUUUCCAUUUCACAUCCAGAGAAUUCAAUGUUGGAAUGACCUCAGGAUAUUUUAUAAGGGAUGAUUUGAGUGACGUUACAAAGCUUGUCAAAUGGCAAAAUAAACAGAUGGCUAUUGUAGAUGUUUCCAACCCAAAUGCUUCAAAAUGGUAUUUGGACAAAUUGCUUCACCUUUCUACGAAGCCAGAAUUCGGAGGAUUCCGUAAUUUAGCAAUUGGACAGAGCUACAUUCCAAAGAAUAUUCGCUUUUAUAACACAAGUUACACUAUAAAAGACUACGUUGACAAAAUGGCGUCAUUCUACAGAAACAGUUCAGAAAUAUUUUAUUAUGAUUCCAAAUUAAACAAACAUAAACUAUUAGUGAUCAAUGUUAAAUCUAUGUUUGUAUCCAGAGGCAAGUAUACCUGUAUUAAUAAUGUCAUUGAUCAGGCACUAACUGUUAGUAUGUUAGGCUAUCCGUACAUAACUCUUUCCCCUGUAAAAUUUCCCAAUAUUACUCAAGAACUGUACAUGCGAUAUAUCACCUUGGCUUCUUUUAUGCCAGUUGUCCGUUUAUCAUACAGCAGGUACUUAUAUAAUCAUACAACUUCAUUACAUUUACGAGACGUUAUCACUCUCCAUCGAAAAUUAGUGUACAAAACUAUUGAAGGCCUUUCUUCAGACAUCAAAGCAGGCCUUCCAAUUAUUCGCCCCCUUUGGUGGGUCAACCCUAAUGAUAAAACAACUCUCAACAUCUCAGACCAAUUUCUUAUUGGCAAUGAGUUAAUGGUUGCCCCCUACUUAUGUGAUAGCAUCAAAAAGCGUGAUAUAUACAUUCCAGCUGGUAGAUGGAAAGACCUUCAGUCUGAAGUUGAAAUUCAGGGCAAAACUUGGUUGUAUAAUUAUCCGACUGAAAAAAAUUUUGUUGCAAUAUUUCAGCUCCUUUAAAAAAAGAGUUUGGCAGGAAGAGUAAAAAAAAAAUGAAUAAAUACAAUAUGAUAUUUAGUUUCAUUUCCUCUGAUUUCAAAUUUCAUUAAAUUUCUGUUCAAGUCCCUGCCAAAAACAAAAGUAAAAAAUGAAAUAAUAAUAAUAAUAAUAUGACAAUGAUAAAUACCAGUAAUACACUGGACUUGGAUCGUCCAUCCCUUCCCUAUCUUAAAAAAGUUGAAAUAUAUGACAAUAAUGACUAUUACUAUUGCUGUUGUCACUACUACUACUACUACUACCACCACCACCACUACCACUACCAUUACUACCACCACCACCAAAACCACUACUACUACUACAACAAGGAACCAUUUCCAUUCCUCAGUGGCAGCUAGAUAACUAUCAAUGCAAUGAAAUUCUUUCACAGAAUAUUCUGGAAUGAAAUCCAAAAAACAUGCAAACUACAAGAAAAGAUAUUAGUUGGUACAGCCAAAAAAAAAAAGAGAUAUAUUUUUUUAAAUUAUGAAUGAGGGUAUAUUAUGUCAUCCUUAAAGCAAGCAGACUUAUUAUGAUCAGGGGCCCCUCACCUGUGACCAUCGUAUCUUGUAUAUCUAAAACUUCUUAGCUAGUGUGUUCUUAUUUGUUUUAAGAUGCUAUGGUAUGAGUUGAAAAGAAGUUUGACUGCUGUUUCUAGCAAACUGAGCAACCACCUAGAGCAGUGGUUCUCAACCAGGAUCCAUAUAAAAUAGUGGGGGUUCACACAAAAUAGUAAAUUGGGGACCCAAAGCAGUAUAUUAACCCUUUGACAUUUAAACUGGCUACGUCCAGCCCAAAUAUAUCACCUGUUUUAUGCUCAAAUUGGCCAGAUUUGGCCUUGUACAAUAUCUUACAAUAUCAUACAAAAAAUAUACAAUCACAUCAUCAGAAUUUCAAAGCUAUGACAUAAUGUCUGAUUAAUUCAAAACAAUGUAAAUAAAUAAGCUUCACAUUUGACAGAACAAUCCAAAUACUUAAGAAUUAAAGGUCCAUAAAAAACGUUCGUUUUGGAUGUGUAUAUUCCAAGAAACAGCAAGAUUUCUAACUCUUUUUGCAUAAUUCAACCUAGACAAUUUAAUGUGUGAAAAGCAAGUAGUUCUAAAUAUCGAAUGGCUCUGGGGGUUCACCAGAGUAAAAUAGUAAUCAAAGGGGUUCAUAAGCCAAAAAAUAGUUGAAAACUGCUGACCAAGAGGCUUGUUGUUAUAUUAUAAUGUGCAGUUGAAUUCUCUCACCAUUUCAACUGUCUGAAAUAUUAGAUAUUUCUUCGCAACUCACACUAACAUUUUGUUUUUCAAACCAUCACACAUUGAACUGUGUAAAACAAUAAAGAAAAAAAUCUGUUUCUUGCAAUAAAUACCAAUACAUACAUUUAAGGCAACAUUUUUUCAGGGGCCCUUGAAAUUCUAUUGUGGAUCCCCAAUUUACUAUUUUGCUGCAGGGAGCCCACCAAAAUUUUAUAUGGGCCCUUAGGGGCCAUAUGGAUCCCCCGUUGAGAACCACUGGUGUAGACCUAAAUUUAUAGUGGCUGAAUAAAAUGAGAGAUUGUCCUAUCUCGAAUCCCUUGA